AUUCAAAGUUCUCCUAUAGUUGGAUCCAACAUCGAACAUUGAAAGGAAUCUUCGCAGAUGAUCUAUUUUUGCCAUCACCCGACUACACAUCCUCGAGACAUCCUAUCCUGUCCAUCCUACAUCCUACAUCCUACAUCGUGCAACUUAUUCCGUCCAUGUGGAAAGAUGGUAACUGGUACCGGCAUCGGUAUCACUUGACUGGACCUCUGACUUUUAUUACUUUAUGACUUUGUGAAAAUAAAGCAAAUAAUGAAAAUUCUCAUGUCAGUUCAUUGUUCCGGAGCCUCGCCGAGCCUUGCCGAUGACGCGAUAUUCUACCAAAGCAAUACUUUGCGAGUUUGUGCUUGUCAUGCCCCUCUACUUUACUAGGUUUUGACUCAUCCAUACAUGAACAUCGAAAACUUAAAUUGUUGAUUAAUCCCUUGACUUUUGGAAGAUUCAUUUUCUAUACUCUUCAUUCAUCAUUCAUCACUCUUUAUAGUUUUUCAUAUUCAUAUUCAGACUUCUCAAUUAAUUGCUUCCAAAAUGACUACACCACAAGAUAUCGUUGGGGCAAGCGGCCUCUCAAGAAUGGUCUCCAAUAGCAUGAACCUGAGCGGUUCCCCUACAUUAAGUUUCCAUUCUCCACCCUCGAGCUAUGGAGGUUCGAUGUCGAGAGCAAAUGCGCAAGCCCAGGCAAAGCAAUUGAAGCCAUUUGAUAAAGAAAACAUUAAGAUUUUGCUCUUGGAAAAUGUCAACCAAAGUGGAAAGGAUAUUCUUACCGGACAAGGAUACCAAGUUGAAUCACUGAAGAGUUCUUUACCAGAGGCCGAAUUGAUCGAAAAGAUUCGGGAUGUCCACGUCAUUGGAAUCAGAUCGAAAACCAAGCUCAACGAGAAAGUCCUUCGUGAAGCCAAGAACCUGAUUGUGGUGGGAUGUUUCUGUAUUGGCACAAACCAAGUUGACCUUGACUACGCUGCCGCACAUGGAAUCGCAGUCUUUAACUCUCCCUUCGCCAACUCCAGAAGUGUUGCAGAAUUGGUCAUCGCGGAAAUCAUUGUCCUUGCCCGUCAACUCGGCGACCGAUCGAAUGAAUUACACAAUGGAGUUUGGAACAAAGUUAGCAACAAAUGCUGGGAAAUUCGUGGAAAGACUCUUGGUAUAAUUGGUUAUGGCCACAUUGGAUCGCAACUAUCUGUUCUUGCCGAAGCCAUGGGCAUGUCGGUGAUCUACUACGAUGUUGUCAACCUCAUGGCUUUGGGUACUGCCAGACAGGUUCCUACUCUAAACGAAUUACUCAAUACCGCAGACUUCAUCACAUGCCACGUUCCAGAACUUCCAGAGACCAAGAAUCUCAUUGGCAAAGCACAAUUCGAUCAAAUGAAGGAGGGAAGCUAUCUUAUCAAUGCCUCCCGUGGUAGUGUGAUUGAUAUUCCAGCUCUCAUUGAAGCCUCGAGAAGUGGAAAGAUUGCCGGUGCAGCUUUGGAUGUAUACCCAAGUGAGCCAGGUGGAAAUGGACCUUACUUCACAAACGAGUUGAACACUUGGGCGGAGGAUCUCCGUAAUCUUAAAAACAUCAUUCUCAGCCCUCACAUUGGUGGCAGUACCGAGGAGGCCCAACGUGCUAUUGGUGUUGAAGUUGGUGACGCUCUUGUGAGAUACGUGAACUUGGGUGUUACUCUUGGAGCUGUAAACUUACCAGAGGUCAACCUUCGUUCGCUCACACUGGACGAGUCCAACCACGCGAGAGUUAUCUACAUCCAUCACAACAUUCCUGGUGUUUUGAGAAAGGUUAACGAAAUUCUCGGUAACCACAAUGUAGACAAGCAAAUUACUGAUAACAAGGGCGAUGUUGCCUAUCUCAUGGCUGAUAUCAGUAACGUACAAACUAGCGAUCUCAAGGAGAUUGUUGAGAGCUUAGAAGGUUUGAGCUCACGUAUCCUCACCCGUGUGCUUUAUUAAGCAACGAAGAAAUAGAAUCGGAUGUACAAAUUUGCAUUGGGAGUUUUGAAUUAAAAGGGCAUUCACCAGGAGUGGCGGCGCUUGGUCUUGGGAUUGCAUCUAAACAAUCCCUUCAACAUAGGCAGGGCGGGAGACAAAAAAGGUUCACCUGAGAAUUGGAAAAUCGGAUCAAAAAAGUUGUAUAUUAGGCGUAGGAUAUAGCCCAAUACAUUUAUUCUAUUGGAAAUAAAACACUUGCUGGCUUCGAUCAUCA